AUGACCGUGCCAGCGUUUGAUUUCUCAAAGCUUUCGUCUCCAAAGGACGCCUGGGGACCUUCCAGUGUGAUUCCAGAAAGUCUCCAAUUCAGCGGAGUUCCAUACGCUCCUUUCUCCAAGGGUGACAGACUCGGAAAGGCUGCCGACUGGCAACAAUCUAAAGAGGACGAGCUCAAGCAACAGCAGCUCAAGAACCAGAACCAGAAGCGUAAGGAUCAGUACCAUGCUUACGGUGCCUCUGCUGCCAAGCUUUUCGGUGCUGAAGAGGAAGAAGAGGAGUUCAGUGUUGUGGAUAACAGUAACGCUGUUCCUACUAACCAACAGACCGUUCUUCGUGGAAGAAACAGAGUCCAGAACCAAAAGCCAGGUGGAAAGCCAGGUAACGUCGUCAGAGGCCAAACCUCGCGUCCUCAACAGGGCCACCAGAACCCAGGUAAUUCGAAUCCUAAUUACAGAAACUUCAACAACAGAUAUAAGAAAGACGAAAAGGUGAGAGAUCCAUCCAUUAAGGUGAACUCCAAGUGGCAGCUCGUUUCUGAAAUUGAAUUCAGCAAGCUCACAAAGCUGAACCUGAAGGUGGGAGACGGCAGCGACUUGAAGUCCUUUGGACAAGUGAACGGAUACGUCAAGAAGUUUGAGUCUUUCAAGCCUCAGAUUUUGAACGUUCAAGACAAAACCAUCGUCAACCCAACCACCUCCGAGGACCCAAUCAUCAAGCAAUUGGCCGAGGACAAACAAGCGGCUGUGUUUGUCACCGACUCCAUUCUCUCGCAAUUGAUGUGUGCUGCUAGAUCCAGUUACUCUUGGGACGUCAAGGUGACCAAGAAAGACGGCCAAAUCUUUUUCGACAAAAGAGACAACACUGACAGAUUGGAAGUUGACGAAAACAGCUACAAUGCGCCAUUGGAUCUCCCAGAGUCUGACUUGAACAGUGCUGCCAACCUGUCUUUGGAGGCCACUUUCAUCAACCAAAACUUCAUCGCCAACUCUUUGGACUCGUCUGUGCAAGAGUUUGAAACCCCAGAAAACCCAUUCGUGUCAAGUUUGCAAGUCUCUCAACCUUUAUUAAACAGAGGAUACAAAUACAGAAAGUUCUCGCUUCCUUCAGCUAACGACGAUGCCCGCGAGUUCGAGGUCAUUGUUAGAACCGAAGUUGACGCUUACUCAAGAGAGCAGAACAAGUACCUGUCCAUCAACGCUUUGAACCAGUACGCUCCAUCGCCAUCCAACGACUGGAAGGUCCGUUUGAGCGGAUCCAGAGGUCUGAUUUUUGCUGAGGAACUCAAGAAGAACAACAACAAGAUUGCCAGAUGGGCCACCAAGUCUCUCUUGGCCGGAAUCGACAGCAUGAAGAUCGGCUUUGUUUCGAGAGCAAACAUCAAAGAUAAUACGAAACACGUUGUGGCCGGUGCUCUUACUUUCACUCCGUCUGGUCUCAGCUCUCAAAUUAAUUUGUCGCUUGGUAAUGGUUGGGCCAUUGUCAGAUCUUUGCUGGAUAUUAUUGAGUCUGAAGGUGGCAAGGACGAUUACACCUUCAUUGUUUUGAAGGAUCCAAACGCUCCAAAGAUCGGAAUCUACAAGAUUCCUCAAGAGUAA